CGUCUACGCAUCCCAUAAGCCCAAUUCCAUUCUCUGAUCUCUUCUCUCUGCCGCCCGUCCCAGCAAGCAACCAAAUAGCUUGAGUGAUUCAUCUUGCCAUCUUGGGCAGCCGUGAGCUAGCUAGCAUGGACCUGGUCACGGGUGCGUUGGGCGUUCUCCCCUCCAAACUGCUGGAUCUCCUGAAGGAGUACAAGCUGCAGAAGAGCGUCAGGCUGCAAGCCCAGUCCCUCUCCCAGGAGCUCGAGAGCAUGCACGCCGCCCUCCGCAAGGUGGCGGCAGUGCCAUGGGACCAGCUCGACGAACAAGACAAGGUCUGGGCGCGAGACAUCAGGGAGGCAUCCUACGAUGGAGGACAUCCUCGACACCUUUCUCGUUCUGGUCGACGGCCGCCCUCACCCUGAUCAUCCAGCAGAUGGGAACUUGGUCAGACGCCUCACGGAGAAGAUGGGCCAGCUGACGUUCAGCUUAAGCAAGGUCAAGGCUCGCCACGACAUCGCCGCCGCAAUCGAGGAAAUCAAAAGGCAACUCCAGGAGGGGGCCGAGCGGCGGGCGAGGUACAGGGUCGAUGAUGUCCUGGCCAGGCCUGCUGCUGCUGCAACAAGUAUUGAUCCUCGUCUGGCGGCACUGUUCACCAAAAGGUCACAGCUCGUUGGCAUGAAUGUGCCAAUGUCUACUCUCAUCAAUAUGUUAUCUGCAAGCGACGAUGACAUGUCCAACAGGAAGAUGAAGAUAGUGUGUGUCGUUGGUUUUGGAGGGAUAGUCAAGACCACUCUGGCCAAGAGAGUGUUUGACGAGUUUAAAGCCAACUUCUGUUGUGCAGCAUUUGUUUCAGUGGGGCGAAUCCCUGACCUGAAGAAAGUCUUCAGAGACAUUCUGAUUAAUCUGGGGCACACUGAUUCCAAUCUGAUGGUAUUGGACGAAACGCAGCUCAUCAAUUCGGUUCGUGGAUUCCUCGAGAGCAAAAGGUACUUCAUUGUCAUCGAUGACAUAUGGGAUGAACCUUCAUGGAACAUAAUAAGAUGUGCUCUGGAUGACAAUAACUUGGGAAGUAGAAUCAUCAUUACUACCCGUAUCCAUGCUGUUGCUGAGAAAGUUGGCUGUUCUUAUCAAAUGGAACCACUUUCUUAUGAGAGCUCUAAACAAUUGUUCUGUGGAAGGAUAUUUGGCUUUGGAAGCAAGUGUCCUGACCUAUUUUCUGAAAUUUCAGAAAAAUUAUUAAGGAAAUGUGGAGGUGUUCCAUUAGCUAUCAUUACCACAUCUAGUUUAUUGGCCAAUAAGCCAAGAAAUAUAAAAGUUUGGUCCGAGUUGUGUGACUCUAUUGGUUCUGGAUUUGAAAGCAAUCAGGAUAUGGACAAUAUGAGGAAGAUAUUGUCUCUUAGCUAUAUUGAUCUACCUUGCCAUUUGAAGAACUGUGUUUUAUAUCUAAGUAUAUUUCCAUAGGAUUUUGACAUUAGGAAGGACCGGUUGAUAUGGAGGUGGAUAGCUGAAGAUUUUGUCCAGUAUCAAGAAGGGAGCCAAAGCUUGUUUGAGGUUGGAGAGAGUUACUUCAAUGAGCUUAUAAAUAGAAGCCUGAUCGAGCCAACAGACAUGUUGGAUGUGGAUGGCAGUCCUGUUGCUUGUCGUGUGCAUGAUAUGGUCCUUGAUCUUAUUUGUUUCCUGUCAAGAGAAGAACAUUUUGUCACCACUUCAAGAGAUGAUAGUAUGCAAAACUCAGCUUCUUUGCGAAGUAAAGUUCGCAGGUUAUCCUUCCACAGUACUACUUGGCCUAAAAUGAACAUGUCAAAAUUGAGGUCUCUUACAAUCUUCAGUCCAGGUACAAUAAAUUCAGUGCCAUCCCUUUCAAGUUAUCAUCUUCUGCGUGUAUUGGAUCUGGAAAAGUGCAAUCUUACGGACCAUCCAACUCUAAGGUUUGUCAGCAAAUUAUUUCACCUGAGGUAUCUAAGUCUGUCAAAAACUAGAUAUCCUGGUGUGCUUCCAGUAGAGAUAUCUCAGUUAAAGUUUUUGCAGACAUUAAAUGUAUUUGGAACUGAUAUACCAGAACUGCCAUCAAGUAUUGUUGGGCUAAGAAAACUGAUGUGCCUAUAUGUUGAUGAGAGUACCUGGCUGCCAGAUGGGUUCAAUAACCUAACAUCCCUGGAAGUUCUAGGGUCUGCGUAUGUGGAUUCUGGAUACACUGCAAAAGAGCUAGGUCAUCUCACCCAGCUAAGGGAACUCUGGAUCUACCUGCAGGGGCUAAGGAUGUUAGAACGGAUGAGAACCUGGGUGAAGUUUUGGUGGAGUCACUAGGCAAGCUGCAUAGAAUCCAAUUUCUUCAAAUCAAGUCCAGAGAGAGCAUCGAGCUUGAAGCAGGCUCAGUGGAGUUGUCCCUAGGAAACCUGCGAUAUCUUUAUGUUUCAAGAACCACUUGGUUGCCGAAAUGGAUUAAUCCUUUAUCACUUCUCCAACUCUCUUGGUUGCACAUAAAUGUGGGACAACUGCGACAGGAGGACAUCCAUGUCCUCGGGACGCUGCCGGCUCUUCGUAUCCUCAUGGUGAAAGGGACCGGCAAAAUUCAAGUGGUGGAAAGGUUCAUGGUCAAUGCUGAUGCAUUCCCAUGUGUGGUAAAGUGCGAGUUCACUGAUUUUGCAUCAGUACUACCAUCAAUCUUCCCACAUGGAGCCUUGCCCAGGCUUGAAGAUUACAAGUUUUGUAUCAAACUGGAGGAUUUCUGCAAUGGUGAAAUUAACGUUGAGGACCUGGCCAUUGGCCACCUACCAUCCCUUCAGGAAAUCACAGUUUGCUUUCAUGGACAAGGCGGCUAUGAUGUUGCGAGGACUGUGGAAGAGAUUGUCGAGCACCAGGCGGAUGUCCAUCCCAACCAUCCCUUAGUUGGUUUCAGUUAUUGUAAUCUUGUCUCCAUAGGAAAUGAAGAAGAUGAUGAUAAGGAGGAAACCUUAUCGGUUGAGGGUGCUGGCUUGUCUCUUGAAUGGAUUCGGUUAUAACAUUCUAAUUCAUGUAAUGUGUUCUCGUCACAACAUAUCAUUCAGCAUGCUGGCAGCACCCAAAUGUGCAAAAGGAAGCUCUACUACCCCAGCCAGACAUGGAUCUAGAUUUCAGUAGACUUGUAGACCAAAUUUUAUCAACUUGCAGAACAGACAUGACAUUUGUCCAAAUCAUUAAAAGUAUCUCCAUGAUACAAAAUACAAUGAUUUGGACAUGUAUGAAUUUUUUCCACACCUAUUGUGAAUGAACUGAUAAGCUUCUUUGCUCGAUAUGUGUUGGCCGAUACUUUAUUUGGCUUUGGAAGCAACCAAACCAAGAUACGCAACGGAUCAUUAAAGUUACCGUCUGACCAAUUGUGCUUAGCCUUUAGAGUCAACAGCACAAAUAUGAAACACGGUCCAGUGUUUCGGACAUCCUUUUGAUCA